AUGGGACUCUUGUUACGCUCAAUUCUCAAGACACAUCAGCAGGUGCGUCCGGUAUCCUCUGUCCAAUGGAUCGCCCGUAGAUGCUAUUCGGGUGCAUCUGACAUUACAGCCAGCGCAAUGGUGUAUUCUGAUUAUGGACAGCCAUCCCAAGUAUUAAGAUGGCAUUCAUAUCGCCUUCCCGCCUUGACAUCAGAUACUGUCCAUGUCAAAUUCUUAGCAUCUCCCAUCAACCCAGCUGACGUCAAUAUGAUUCAAGGCGCUUAUCCCAUCAAGCCGACAUUUCAGCAAUUGGGUGACGAGAAACUAGCUGUCGGCGGUAAUGAAGGUGUGGCAGAAGUCAUUGCUGUGGGAGAUGGUAUUGAUUCUCUCAAGGUGGGAGAUCAGGUUGUUAUGGCAAAGACAGGAUAUGGUACAUGGCGAACACAUGCAGCCGGUCCAGCUUCGGAUUUCCAAUUACUGCCUCAUGCAGACAAUGUAUCCACUAUUCAAAAAGCAACCAUUACAGUCAAUCCUUGCACUGCAUACAGAAUGCUGAAGGAUUUUGUUGAUUUGAAGCAGGGCGACUAUGUCAUUCAGAAUGGUGGAAAUAGUGCUGUCGGCCAAGCUGUCAUUCAGAUUGCAAAAGCAUGGGGCUUGAAAACUAUUAAUGUUGUGCGAAAUAGACCUGAUAUCGAUCAACUUGUUCAAGAGUUGACUGAGCUUGGUGCUACUCAUGUUGUUACUGAUGAAAACCUUGGUAGUCUUGAAACAAGAAAAGAAAUCAAGAGUUGGUACGGCAAAAAUGCACCUCUUUUAGGCUUGAACUGUGUUGGUGGUAAAAGUGCAACUGAAAUGGCUCGUUAUCUAGGUGCUAACGGCCAGUUUGUUACUUAUGGCGCAAUGUCUCGAAAGCCUCUUUCUUUGCCAGCAUCCUUACUCAUCUUUAAAAACAUCUCUUUCCACGGUUUUUGGGUGUCUAAAUGGGCAGAUGUUCAUUCACAAGAGGAGCGCUAUGCCAUGUUGGAAGAUAUCAUUGCAUUGAUGAGCGACAAUAAGCUUGUAGAACCUAAAUGGACACAAGUGAAAUGGGAAGAGGAAAGCAUGAAGCAGUCUGUUGACCAGGGAAUCUCUGGAUUUGCCACUGGUAAGCAGGUGGUUGUAUUUUAG